AUGCCUGAUAAUUCGCUCCUCCACCUGACCACAGCUGACAGCCAGACCCGUACAGCUGAUCCAGACAAUAGACAAUCACACACAGCUUCCACUGAUGCCAUUCAUGUUCAUGUUUGGACACCGAUGAACUUGGACCAAGAAUACCUUGCGGGCCUUGCUCCGAUAUUGAGGUAUUGUGAAUCAUUAGGUUAUGCUUUAAAGUCCAGACAAUCUGAAAAAGAAGGGAAAUAUGUUGAACAACGCACAUAUUAUGACUUAAUGCUUAAAGAAGAUUCUGAUGUUGCGUUAUUGAGAGUAUUUGAGUGCUUUUUGGAAGCUGCCCCCCAGCAGGUUCUGCAGACAACAAUUCUUCUUCGCGAAAGAGGACAGCCAUGGAGUUUUCAGUAUUUCAGCCAGUUGGGCUCUGUUGCAAGUUCUCUUUGCAGUAUGGGAUGGUCUAUGGCAUCUUACCAUCGCUCUAUACGUUUUGCUCAACAGAAUAAGAGCAAUAUGAACAAACGUGGAACAGUAGCACAGUUUUUAUGGCAUUUUAUGGUGACAGUUUCUCGCAUCCUGUCCAUCAGCGUAGCUGCUUCCUUAUUUGCUCAGUGGACAGUUUUGGCAUGUGUGAUUCAUUGGUUUGUUAUGGCAAUGUGGCUAAAAUUGACAACACGAUUAACCUUUUGUGUUGAUCAAACAGAUUCAGUUUUUACACGCCAUAUUGGAGAAUUAUUGUUUGGAACUAUUUUAGCAUUAGUAUAUAUUUUCACAUACAUCACACCUCAGCAAGGUCACACUCGGAAUCGUUACUUGUUUUAUUACACUCUCUGCUUCAUUGAAAACAUUUGUGCCGCAGUCCUGUGGGCCACUGCUGAAACCAAUAACUUGCGUGAUGUAUGGUAUUUUUAUCCAUUACUUGUUAGUUGUAUUGUGCCUUUUAUUAUAGGUAUUGGUUUCAUGAUACUAUAUUAUCAGUGCUUCCACCCUGCUAAUACGAAAAAUCACAAAUCUUAUCCACAACAGGAAAUUGCAGUGCAGACGGAAACUGAUUUAUGAAAAUAUUCUUUAAUAAUAUAAUUUUCUUAAUCUGAAAUUUGAAGAGUUUGUUCUAAUUGUCCAUUUUCAAUUUCAAAAUGCAAUUACAUACAUGAACAAAAAGAUAACUAUAUAUGAUGAAAAAUGUCGCAAACAUAUUUUAAUACAAUCAUUAGUGAAAAAAUGGUAUUAAGAAAUAAUACCAAACUAAUUUUUGAAACAUUUGUUAAAAUUAUAAAAUUUUUCUAUUCCUUUUGUAAUGAAAUUAUACAGAAUUUUUGUAUCGUGCUUUUGAAUGUGUUAUGAUAUUCUAAGUUAAUUAAUCACUUGAUCUUAUGAAUUCUUGACUACGUUAGUAGUCAAGAAUAUUACUGCCAGAACACGUGAACGGAAGAAAGUUUUGAUAACUGCAUUGCAGUGAUAUUACAGUACAAUAAAUAAUGUUUCCAUUGUUAUUAGUUUACAUGGAAUGUGGAAAUAUGAAGUGUAUAUUAGGCUUUUUAAUGCAUUUGGGAUAUAAAAAUCUACAUUGGUCUAAAAUCUAAUAACAAAUCAUAUGAAUCUAAAUGACAAAAUCUGUUCAGAAAAUUGAAAUUUUCAAUUUAUUUGCCGACUGGUAGGUUUACAUUAACUACAAGUACACAGUGGCACAACCAAGAUGUUUCUCUGGGGAGGGCAGAAGGUGAAGAACCUAACUGACAUGAUGUUUUCUUAUGAAGAAAAUUUCAUUUGUUGUAUUUAAAAAUUAUGUUUAUUUGUUGUUUAUUAGUUAUUUAUAAUGUAUUCAAUUGAGACACUGAGUGACUUCCUUGUAUAAAAUUAAUAUAAAAAAAACUGUAUUUAUGUUUCAUUGGCUUCUGGGGGAGGGGCUGAAAUUCCAUGAGCCACCAUUUUCCCUUGGUUGCGCCACUCCAAACACACAAUACUGUUUUUUCUGCUCUAUGUAUAUUCGUUGUUUAGUGAGGGAAGGAAUGCUGAAAAACAAAAGCAUUUCUUAUAAAAUGUAGAAAUAAGUAUCAUAGCAUAGGAUACUUAGAAAUAGCAUUAUGUAUUUCAAUUAUUUGCAAUGUUUUAAUAAUAUAAAUUGCCAAUGACAAAGUGUGCUGAGAUAAUAAAUGGAUGUUAAAGAGAACUAUAUUUUCCAAACAAGUAGGUAUUGAAACAAAACAAAAUAAGAUUUUCAAAGUGUAUCAUAACCAUAGGAUUAAAAAAAAAUUAAAUACUUGGUACAAUGUAUACUAUAUUUUGUUACCGUUGCUCCCAAAUAUCUUUAAUAAGAACACAGUUUGUUCAGAUCCUUAUUGUGAAAGAAACCUACUUCUGAUGAAAUGCAUUACAAAAAUAAAAUAUUAAUAUAAAUUUUUAGAACAUUAUAUUCUUAAAAUUGUUAAUAAGUUUCAAGAACAUAUCCACUUUGUUUAUCAAUGUUUGAAAAAAACAAGGCUGUAUUUUUAUUGUUGCUUGAAAACUAUUAAGAUCUCAGGAAAAUUCAUUAUACUUGCAGUCGAGUCCAUUUAUUGAAAAAGCAAUAUAUUUUAUAAGCAAAUAAAAGAAAUUUAUAUUUUACUAAAGUUCAGUUAUGUGAAUUUUAAUGUAAAUCAACUUUUGGUACCAAAAAAAAAAUGCAUUGAACAAUUUUUGAUCUGCUUUUGAAAAUUUAAAUGCAUUUCAUUUAAAUAAAAAAUUGAAAAUAAACUUGAACUCGUAGAGUUCCAUGAACAAAACCUUGUGCAUUCUCAUUGCCAAACAGUUUGUGGAAGAAACUAAAUCGAAAAGGAAAAAACAACAAACAACUUGUCAUUGAUGACAGGAAUUUCAAAAAACUAAUUUAAAAAUUCAAAGCUUCUCAUUUGAAUUUUCAAUUACUGCUUUUAAUAAAUAAGAUUAUCAAGAAUUCAAGAUUGAGGCUAGUGAACAGCUACAUAAAACUAUUACAUUCACAUAGAAUUGAUUUCCCAUUCAUUCUGGUAGAACAAUCGUAAACAUGGUUAUGAAUAAGUGUACAACGUAAUAUCUUUCAACGUACACUUGAUAGAAAAAUGUACUUCCUGUCUAGCUGUGUUAAUAAGUACAAAAAUGUAACUUGUUUCAGUUUUCUCAGCUCAUUUUAUCAGUGACUCAAGACACAAUUUAUAAAAAUGCUUUUGUCUAGUGUAUUAUUUUCCUUAAAGCUUGACCAAAGAAAUCUAGAGUAACUAGUAAUGAAAAUGUAUUUUAUUAUUGUUUGUAACAAUUAUGUUUUGAGGUAGUGAUUACAAAUACCUGAAAUAAUAUUCAAGAGUCCUAAUUGAUGCUUUUAUUAUAGGACUUUUUAAAACAGCUGUAGAGAAUUUAAUAUAUUAAGACGUUUCUGUGCAUAUUCUAUUUCUUACUAAGGCAUGAAUGAUAUUUUAAUAAUAUUUAUUGCAAUGAGAAAUUAGAUGAUCAUAUGCUUCUAAAGGGAUACUCUGUAUCGUGUUAAAUGACACUUGUAUAUUCAACAAAUUUGUUUCUUUCUUUUGAAUUUUACUUUGUGAGAUGAAGUCAUCUUUUCUUAUAAGUUAUUGUGUAUGAUAAAGUUAGGUUUACUGCUAUUGUGUUUAUGAUAAUCAUAGUCUUGUUUCUGAUACAAUUGUAACGGAGUGGGAAAUAUCUCUUCUACGGUAUCUUUAGUAGUUUGGAUUUGUAUGCAGAAUAUUUAUUUGGGUUUUUCUUAAGUAAAAUAGAAAAGAGAAUGCAUCCUUUCUGGAAAGGUAUUAAAAGUAAGCCUAGUCUUUGCUGAUGUAGAAAGUUCUAUGGUAGUUUUAUAGUCAUUUACUUGCUAAUACCUUUCAAAGGGGAGUAAAUUUUGUGUCAAGAUGUGGAGCAGUUGCAUUUUUGGAAUAUCAUUAUGGUAUAUAUUAUUAGUAUAUAGUUAUAUUUUAUUUCAUUUGUAUGAUUAUGCAGAUGUGCACUUUCUGCGCUCAUUUGACCACAAUGCAUACAAAUCCAGUAUGCAAUGAAUGGGAGAAGUCAUUUCUAACAUUUAGUUCCUUGUAAAAGUGGAAGGAAACAAGACUCAAAAAAUUCUGUGAUAUAUUUAUGUUGACAGACACUGUAUUAAAUGUAAUAUUUAUUUUAAUUUUUUAAUAUUUGAAUUCGAAUUCCCUUUCAACCACUACCUUCUUCCAGUAUUGAAAGGUCAGUGAUAUUGUCUUGGCCAGUGCUCUCCUUCCUUUUGUUACGCAUGUUGUUUCUGAACACCACUCUCAAAUUGUUCUUUCACUUAAGAAAUAUGCUUGUGAUAUUGAGUAUACUUGCAAUAAUGUUAAAAGUGAGUCAUGAAAUUAAAUAAACCUAGUGGUGCUGCAAU